UUCUUAAAUCAUCCCCACAGCUUAUCAUUCACCAUGAGUACUGAGUUGAACGUCCCCGGAGACCCUCCUGCCUCUGCCUGCUGUUCUGAGCCUGCUGCCAAAGGGAUGGACUACCGGGACUGGGUCCGUCGCAGCUACCUGGAGCUGGUCACUUCCAAUCACCAUUCCGUCCAGGCUCUCUCAUGGCGGAAAUUGUACCUGAGCCGAGCCAAGCUGAAAGCUUCCAGCAGGACCUCUGCGUUGCUCUCUGGAUUUGCCAUGGUGGCCAUGGUUGAGGUCCAGCUAGAGAUGCAGUACCAGUACCCUCAAAUGCUGCUGAUUGCCUUCAGCGCCUGCACCACCAUUUUGGUCGCCGUCCACCUCUUCGCCCUUCUCAUCAGCACUUGCAUCCUGCCCAAUGUGGAAGCGGUAAGUAACAUCCACAACCUGAACUCCAUCAGCGAGUCUCCCCAUGAACGCAUGCAUCCUUACAUCGAGUUGGCAUGGGGCUUCUCCACUGUCUUGGGGAUCCUCCUCUUCCUUGCAGAGGUCGUUCUUCUUUGCUGGAUCAAAUUCCUGCCGGUGGACUCUGUUCUGAAAAAUGACACUGCGGUCGUCCAAAAACCAAGCAGCCAUACAGGCUGGCAGGCGGCCUUAAUCUCCACCAUGAUCAUGGUCCCUGUGGGGAUCAUCUUUGUCGUCUUCACCAUCCACUUCUACCGGUCGCUUGUCCGCCACAAGACAGAACGUCACAACCGAGAGAUUGAAGAACUUCACAAACUGAAAGUGCAGUUAGAUGGGCAUGACAGGGGACUGCAGGUUGUGUGAUGGAUGGACAUGUCUACCUGCCUGGCUGGAUGCUCAGCAGAGGUUUAUCAUAACAGGAAUUAAGGAAAACAGAGGCCGAAUGCCCCCCGAGACCUAUAAUUCUCAGUCGCCAAUCGCGUCCUGUUAAUGGCUUUUUGUAGGUCUGGAUGGUCCACAAUUUUUGGUCUUUUAUGACUUUGAACAACACUGCCAAGUUGCAAAAGCUGAAGGUGUCAUCUGCAUCCACAUCGUUAUUUGAAGAUGGGCUUGCCCUUUUAAUUUCCAAACUAUUGAAGCAGAUUAGGCUGUCCUUUGCAAUUGAUUUUACUUCAGUAAAGUAGGGUGAAUGUUUUGGGGUGGUUUGGGUGUGUUUUUUUUUAAGGAUGGGGUAGAACAAGGAAAGGAACCCUAUGUUAUCCAGAGCUUACACUUUGGCAGUGAGUUCAGAUAUGUUUUCAAAGAUAAAUUGUCGAACAGCAGUGUAUGCACUCAUCCCGUGAGGAAAUCUGCCAAAGCCCAUGAAAUGUAGUUACUUGGCAUGUUUUAUAAGGGGGUUCACUUGGAAUAAUGAUGGGGAAGAACAUUAUAUCAAUUUGUGGAAGUUUGUUCUUCAGUUCAUUUGGUUUCUGUGCUUGUUCCAUACAGCCUUGGUAAGGCAGCCUUUUCUAUCCUAUUGAGUAUUUCACUGAGAAGGGAAAGAAAAUCUUAGUAGUCAAGAAGCUCCAGUGUUACUGGGUAUGUAGAGCUUCUGUGUAUCCUUGCAGAGGCCGGAGAUAGCCUAGUUAGAAAAAGAGGAAAGGGCUUUAAAGAGCGGUAUAUAGAAUUCUACUAGAAAAGAUUUGCUUAUAGGCCUGAAAACCAAAAUCUCUGGACUAGCAAGGAACAAGGACCCUAUGAGCUAGCAAGGAAGGCAUCUAGAACAGGCACAUCUUGAUUACAGGGACUAGAUCCCUGGCCCAGUCGGUGGAAGAUUUGGCCAAGGAGAUGAGCUACUACCACUAAGCCGAAAACAGCUGCCAUUAUCUUCUGCUGCCUUCCCCCCCCUCCUGCAAGAUAUUAUUGGACAUUAAAAAAGAGGGAAAAGUGAUGCAGCGAGGACAGGGUUUUGGGAAAGUCUGCGUCAGUCAUUUUUCUCACAUCAUUCUGGUCCCUGAAGUCCUGCUACUUUGACACAAGAUUAAGUUCUUAUGUAUCAUCUGUAUAUUGCUUGUGUGCAUCCAAGGGGCAAUUAAGGUAGCUGAAAUGUGGAUGACAAGGAGCCAUCUAUAGACAAAAGGUUCUUUCUGUUAUCACAUGAUCACUAAACAGAUGGGAUAAAGACGACUAAGCUGAACCUGGAGAAAUCAGGUUCCAAGACAGCCAUCCUGUGCACUCUUACUUGGGAGGAAGCACCACUGCAUGGGACAUGCUGUGUUGGGCAUCGUCACAGAUCCCAGCUGUUAUGCUGUCUCAUCCUGCAUCUUGGACCUUUGCACAUCCUCAGAAAUGCUAUUUAAUACAGACAUGAGGAUAAUUGUAUGGUACAUGAAAAGUUUAUGGUCCACCUAAUCACUAUAUUCCUUUUUAAAAAAAAAACAGUCUGGGGAACAGGGUUUUUGAAAAAGAAACUCAGUGCUUACCUUUUUCACUGUAUAUUGCUGCCAGAAAAUUUCACCAAGAUUGUUAACUGCACAGCGAUAAUAUGUACCUAGUGGCUGUCCCUUGUCCCUCCAUUUCCAUGCCUGCAGGAUACUGGUAAUUAUAGUAUAACAGAUAAGUAUAUAGUAUUUACGAUGCAUAUGAAUUGUGAAAUCUGCCUAAACUGCCAGUUAUUAAAUACUUCUAAACUA